CAAUCCAGGAUUAUGUAUUAAUGAGCUUUUUUUUUUUCUUUAUGUAUAUGCAAUAGGAGAGGGAGAGAGAGGGAAGGAGAAAGACAUGGGGAAGAAUCAUCAAUACUUCACUAUUGCUCUGCCAUUAACAGAUGUCUUCUAUCUUCUUCUUCUUCUUGUUCAUGUUCAGACAACGCAUGCUGCAUACUCAUGUGAAGAUCACAUAGACUGCCAAGCUCUUCUCAAGCUCAAGCAAAGCGUCACAAAUGAUCCGUUCUACUCCCUCCAUUCCUGGAGCGAGGUCAACCCCUUCUGCAAUUGGACCGGAGUAGCCUGCAGCAGUGCCCGGUUCCGGGACAGGGUCACCGCUCUUGAGCUCCCAAACAUGCUCUUAGAAGGGAGCAUCUCGCCAUUCUUAUCGAACCUCUCCCUCCUCACGGCUCUCUCCUUGCAGGAAAACAGAUUCAGUGGCCGAAUCCCAGGUAGUAUCGGGCAACUCUUAGACCUCGCAUAUGUGAACAUGACAUACAAUAAUCUCUCUGGGAGGAUUCCUGAUGAACUCGGUGCCAUAAGGAGCUUGACAUACUUAGAUCUUUCAGUUAAUAGCCUUGAAGGAGUGGUUCCCCCGGCCUUGGCAAACUUGACAGAACUUAUCCGAUUGGGAUUGGCUGUUAAUUACCUCACCGGUAUCCCGCUGGAAAUCGGAACCCUAAAGAAGUUAAAGAUCAUGUAUCUCCACACGAACCACCUUGAGGGAGAGAUACCUUCUUCGAUAAGCAACUGCACGGCUUUAGAGGAAAUUUCACUGAUUGAGAAUGCAUUGAGAGGUCAAAUUCCGUCUGAGUUGGGGAAUCUCCGGAACCUGAAGAGGCUUUAUCUGUCUAAUAAUCGACUCUCCGGGAAGAUCCCUUUGGCACUAUCAAACCUAUCUCAGUUGAUCUUGCUCGAUGUGAGCAUCAAUGAACUAGAAGGGGAAGCUCCACUGGAAUUAGGCAAAUUGAACAAUCUCCAGAAUCUCUAUCUCCAUUCGAAUAACUUGGUCAGCAAACCGGGUGAUGAUUCGUUCAGUCUACUUACAGCCCUCACAAACUGUUCCUUCUUACAGAAACUGCAUCUCGGUUCAUGUUGGUUCUCAGGAAUGCUACCUUCUCGUGUCGGAGAUCUCUCCAAGGAUCUCUAUUACUUCAAACUUUUCGAUAACCUUCUCAUAGGGGAUGUUCCUGAUAGCAUCGGAAACUUAAGUGGCCUAGUGAAUCUAAAUCUGGGACGUAACCGUCUAAAUGGGACAGUACCAAGCACGCUCAGGAAGCUUGGGAAGCUCCAGAGGUUGUACCUUGGGAAGAACAAACUUCAUGGGAAGAUUCCAGGCGAGAUUGGACAGAUGGGCAGCCUCGGUUUACUCGACCUCGGGGAUAAUUCUUUCGAAGGCUCAAUCCCUACUGAACUCGGUAAUCUGUCUCAGCUGAAGUAUCUUUAUAUGUUCAGGAACCAAUUGUCAGGAAAUCUUCCGGUCGAGCUAACCCGUUGCACAGGUCUACUUCUGCUCGACUUAUCUUAUAAUAAACUCCAAGGCCGAAUCCCAAGAGAAAUAGGGCUUUUCUCAGAACUUGCGCUGGCUCUCAACCUCUCGAAUAACAACCUCGAAGCAGAAGUACCAGCAAGCAUCGGAAGAUUAGUCUCUGUGCAGGCAAUUGACUUGUCCAGGAAUAACCUGUCAGGAGUCAUCCCAAGCUUAAUUGGAAGUUGCCUUUCUCUGGACCUCCUGAACUUCUCUCGGAACAUGCUUGAUGGAAUUAUUCCUGAUUCUCUGAAGCAAAUAACCAGUCUCAGAGUUCUUGAUCUUGCUUACAAUGACUUGACUGGUACAGUCCCAAUGUGGAUUGGAAACAGUAAGGCGAUUGAGAAUCUCAAUCUCUCCUAUAACAGACUGACCGGUGAAGUUCCAAGCACAGGUCGAUUCAAGUAUCUGAACAGGACCUCAUUCUUGGGAAAUCCUGGGCUGUGCAGAGACUCAGGCCCCAUUGGCCUCCCCCCCUGUCGAGGAGAGAGAAAAAAGCACAAGAACAAAACAUGGAUCUAUGCGGUCUCAGUUACAUUAGGUUGCGGUGUAUUAGUCACUGUUCUGUUUAUUGGCCUUCGUUGCUAUCACCGCAGAUUGACAACUAAUGGGGUAAAUCUUGGCAAAUUGAGCCUAUUCCAGUUAAGAGCUCAUGAGGGCCGGAAAUUUACCCUGAGGGAACUCGAGAUAGCAACUGCUGGUUUCAAUGAGGAGAACCUGUUGGGCAGAGGAAGCUUUGGGUCGGUUUACAAAGCAGUCAUCGAAGACGGAAAUAUGACUGUGGCACUUAAGAUUCUGGAUAGAGAUUGUGUCCAGAGCCAUAAGAGCUUCAAGAGAGAGUGGCGGAUACUUUCCACCGUCCGGCACCGGAACCUUGUGAGGAUGGUCGGCUCAGUAUGGAGCCCUCAAUUUAAGGCCCUCGUUCUGGAAUUCAUCGAUAACGGGAAUUUGGCUCAGCACCUUUACAAUAUCAAAUCAGAGGAAGGAAGAGAGUGCAAGUUGACUCUGAAGGAGAGGAUUUCGAUAUUACUAGAUAUUGCGAAGGGGUUGGAGUAUCUCCACGAGCGGUGUUCAGUACAGAUCCUUCACUGUGAUCUUAAACCGCAGAACUUGCUUCUUGAUAGAGAAAUGGUGGCGCAUGUGGCGGACUUUGGGAUCGGGAAGCUUGUGGAAGAGGAUAAAACUAGUGGCAGUAACAGCUCAACGGGUUUCCUAAGAGGAACUUUCGGCUACAUGCCCCCAGAGUAUGGACAAGGUAUCGUAUCGCCAAAAGGAGAUGUUUACAGCUUUGGGGUGGUGCUGCUGGAGACAAUGACGAGGAAAAGCCCAAUGAGUGAAGAAUUCUCGGAUGGGCUCAACUUGAGAAAGUGGGUAAUUUCCUUAUAUCCUGAUAACAUAUGGGAAGCCAUUGACAAGUCGCUGAAGAAGGAGGUAGCAUCGGGCUCGGGGACCGAAGAUAACCUGAAUAAGUAUUGGAAUUGUUGCGCGAAGGUAAUUGAAGUCGGGAUAAUGUGCACAGAAGAGAAUAUGCAAAAGCGCUCGCCAAUGUCCUCAGUUGUCCGUCUGUUGGAGAAUGCAUGGAAAGAGAUCGGAUUUGAUAAAUAGAAAUGUGUAGAUUGCAACUUAGGUAGUUCAAAUUCGGAAUGCCGUAUGACUAGUCUGUACAUUUACUCGAAAAAAGGGGAUUCGGGGUUCUUCAUGGGAACAUUUUCAAUGUUGGGGGCAUGUCACACGGUAAGUGAAUAAUCAGAGGAAAUCUGGUAUUCGAUUCACACGACAAAAUUAGUAUAUUUGUAUUCUUCCAUGGUACUCCCACUAUGGGGCAUUUCUAUUCAAAUUGCAUAGUAUUAUAUUGAAAGGGAUAGUUCAACGAUGAAUUUUUAAAAUACUAUAUAAAGUAUUGCGCAUUUGAAUAGAAAUUCCGCUCAUUCCAAUA